AGUUCAGACCACAAUCUUACAGGGGUGUCAAAAUGUUGUCAAGACGCAUGCUUUCCCGUGAAGAGGAGGCCGAAAUUGGCGAAGAGAAGGAAGUGAGAAAGGAAGAUCAAGACAAGAUCAACCGGUUCAGCAGACUUCAUUCUCGCGAAAAGGGGCUCGAAGAAGAGUUGAAGGUGAAGCAGAAGGACAAAGAAGACUUGGAAGAAAUAUCUGGUGAGCUUGAGCUCGCAGAUGAAGAUGACAAAGUUCCAUACAAAAUCGGUGAUUCGUUCUUCAACCUUCCAGUCUCCGAAGUACAGGAAUUGCUAUCAGCGGCCGUGGAGCGCAUUGAUGGCGAAGUGAGCGCGGUCGAAGAGAAACUCAGCGAGUACCGCGAAGAGAUGCAAACGUUGAAGACCGCACUUUAUGGCCGUUUUGGCAAGAGCAUUAACCUCGAAGUUUGAAGACGCCGCUGGAAAAUCGCUGAAGCGUGGGAACCGCCAAACAUGUUCUUCGCCGGUGUUCGCACCCAUGCUCACCAACCUGGACGAGGUCGAAACCGCGGCCUCGCUCGGCUGCACAACGUCGCACAGUAUGCUCGACUUCACCUGUCAUCUCGAGGUCACCAAUCCUUUGCGGUGGUACGCUGUCUCCUCAACGGCGAGCAUCCCACGUUGAUGCGGGCACACGGCAGGAUAGCCGAGGGACCCAAGACUCUGAUCUAGUGCCGGCUAGCCGUCUACCUCACAUAGCAUCACACACAGGCACAACAGGCUCAGCAAGACUUCAACAGCAGCAGCAAGGUGCGGCCUGCUGACCAUUCAGCGCCGCAGAAGUAGCAUGCAGCGCCGAAGAGUUUGUUAACCAAACACAAACC